GCCGAUAGGCGCCACUGUGACAACAUCAUCGGCAAGGUGUCACUGACGUUCAGAUCCAAGCUGUCACCUUUCAUCAACCUUGUCAGUAAGAGGUGGCGUUCCAGUUGGAUUACCUGGCGAUCGAUCAUGCUAAACAAGUGUUCUUCAGAAGCUAACAAAAACAGCCAUUUUUCUUUUCUCGUUCUCUUGUGGCUGGAAGGAGGACUUGCUUGAUUGGUGACAGCACGCUUGAAAGUUUAAAGGUCAGGGUGGAGCCUGAUGGAUCAUGUUGGCCAGUUGGACUAUGAAGGCAGAAUAAUGGCACAAGUUAUAGCGGGUGGGGUGGACCAUUGUGACAACACACCCCACCCUGAACCUCACAACCUCAAUGAGCUCAACCCGCUCACUCAGAUGGAACAUACGUCAGCUCUGAAAAAUGAUUCCAGAACUGGACUCCCCUCGAAAGCGUCUCUCAACAACAACGGGGAGAACAAGGAGGAGUUGGAGGGACACAAAAGCACAAGCAAAGAAGAAGAGGAGGACACUGAUGAGUUGAUGAAGGACGAAGAAGAGGAAUCAGAGGCAUCGAGUUGCCUAAUGCACUGCCAGUCUCCAGAUACUCCCAUGACUGAUUCCUCCAAUUCAGAAACAGGAAGCCUGCUCGAGAAUCCUUUCAGUCCUGGGACGAGUCCAGAACCUACAUCCCCUGUACUCCAAGAAACCUCAUGUCCCACCAGUCCUUUGGAAGUGGGCCAGAGUGAAGUGGACUUGGGUGGGUUUGCUUCCAGCUCUUCAGGAGAUACCCUCACCACGGGGCCGUUGCUUUCUCCUCAUUUAUCUUUCACCCCAGACACAAGUCAGAGUUGCACUGAUGGACCUGAACAUGUCUCAUCAACUACUGCCAGAAAUGCACAAUCCACUUCAGCACCUCUUACCACUUCUUCUCCCCCCGUUGAAGGACUUGUUCAUGACCUUCACUUGGAGACGACAUCCAACAUUAAGGCUUCCACCACAUCUCAUAGCCAAACAACAGAGCCCUUUGCCUUCUCCACAGGGCAGAUACCGACUGGUGCACAAUCCGUUUCUGAAACGACACUUAGACACUCAGAUGAGUGCACUUCCACUUCAGUGCCCAUCUCCGCUCUGAUGGCAUCCCUGGAACAUUUGGCCCAGAGAGGAGGUGAUGAUUGCCUUCCACAAGACCUUCAUUGGAUUGCCGAGGCCUCUGUCUGUCAUGAAGAUUACCAGUUGGCUUUACAGUGCAUUCAACUGGAGAGGCUUUAUCACCAGAGAGUGUUGGACAACUUGAAUGCUCUCCAGCAACAGUGGGAAAGUCGGUGUAUAAGAAGCCAGCCCAGUUUAGAAGGCCGACAUCUGGACACUCUCAGAAACAUCUGCCAGACGCACACUCGACCAAACGCAGCAGAUGCAGCGUCGGGAUCUCUGGGCGUAAGGCACCUGCUCGAACAAGGUGAUGCAUUACCUCCACAAGCCCGACACAUUGAAGGUACAAUGGAGAAUAGAGCCCAAGACUCCUCGUGCCCACAGAGCAGCCAUCCACCCUCCAUUAAGCUGUCACCUCCACUCGAUUCCCCGGACAGUCCCGAAAAGGACAGGGAAGCCCCCAAAUGCAAUUUAGAAGGGACGGCCGGUUUCCAUGGGACCGAGCUGAGUGAUGAGGUGGAGGGCAGUGACGGAGAACAAGGGGAGUGUCUGGAACGGACCACUUCAGGUCUGGGGGAUGAUUUGCACCCCUCUGAAGCUGGACAAAUGGAUCAGACCAAACCCGCAGAGCAGCAGGGUGGAGAUUUAGUUUCAGCACAGGAAAAGGAGGUGGAUAGGGAAGACGACCGGUGCAAUGUAGAAGAGGCAGCGGAAGCGCCGAUGAUGGAAGAUGAGGCUGAAGAAGAAGAAGGCGAGGAGAAGUGGAACGAGUUUGGUGUGGACGUGGAACAUCUGCAUCAGGAAACUCAAGUAGCAGAAGAAGAGGAGAUUUGUCAAAAGGUCAAGGAGGGAAACGAAAGCAGCCUGCACCAGGAUGAUGAUGGCCAUCUUCCUCAAAAGGCUUUUCCGAAACACCCCAAGCUGGCCAGUGAGGAAGAGGAGCAGGAAGAAUAUGAGAAUGAAAAGGCUGAUAUUUUUCCAGAAGCUGUCACACUGGACGACAUGGCGAAACUCAUCACAAUAGAGGAGAUGUCUCCUGCCUAUGGCCUCAUCUCCAUCUUGAAGAAGAAAAAUGUUCCCUCCGACGAAGUUAGUUUGUGUUCUAGUCCGGAGUCCAUAUCCGAUAAACCCACUGCCAAAAGACGAGUCCGCUUCAAAGUAGCAGAUGAUGGAUUUGAUAGUGAUGUUGGCGGCAGAGACUCGUGCUUGCUUCUCUUCCUGCUUUGUAUGGUUACUGUGGUGAUCAGCAUGGGAGGCACCACCCUUUACUGUGCUCUGGGUGAUGUGCACUCCUCUGUCUGCCAGGACUUCUCAAGAAAUGUGGACUUUUACUUUGGACAAAUGCAGCGGGCUAUAGCUCAGAUCCAUCAGUGGUUAGGCCCGAGUCCAUCAUAGCAGCAAGGAAUUGACAAUUGUCAGCUUUGUACAGGUCAGUCUCAUCCCAUUUUAUUGGGGAAAAAGUGAGAGGAGCGGCUAUGCUUCAGGCCGCCAGACUGGAUUCGUACUUCUCCAUGGAGAAACCUCAAGAACACAGGAAGAACAGCUGACACUGCUGUCAAAUGUUUUAAAAAAGUAUUUGUCAACAGGAGGGCUGCAACCUGCUCUCUACACAUGCUGCACAAAUAAUGGCCUGACAGGCAUUUUGCAAAAUUAUUGCAACCUCUACAGUUGCUUUUAUUGACUUUUGGGAGGGGUUUGUUGAAUCACAAAUGUAAAAAAACAAUAAUCAUGCAUUGCUAAGUCUUAAUCAUGUCUUAAUACGCUGAAUGAAUCUUCUCAGUCAUAUGUAAGGCAUUUACACUUUGUAUUUUUCAAGUUUUCUUUGUAAUAGAAAUGGAGCUGUUGCUGGACCACAGAAAAUUUCGCCGAGUAACAACGCUGUUUUUAAUCUAUGCAUUGUUCCAUCACUGAGCAGUGUUUUUCUACCUGUACAUUUAUAAAGCGAUAUAACCUACAGGAAUGUUUAACAAGACUGGUACGAUCCUUUUUAUUGUCGUAAUAUUGCAAUAUUAUCCUCACACCAGAGACCUCUUGCUAAUAAUUCUUCUGUGGGAUGUCAUGUAGCAUCGUGUUUCUGCAUCUCAGGAUUUAUGGAUAGCAUCCUCAUCCACUGGGUUUUUUUUCUCCCUCAAUUUUGAAAGGUUAUUUACCCUUUGGUUGGAGAGCAUCAUUUUUUUCCCCCCAUUAUUAAAGCGUUUCUACAUCCGGCAUCAAAAUAUGUCGUGUUGCAUAUUGUCGGAUGCCGUGUGAGAAUCUCGAACAAAUAAGGCAAAGGUACAGUUUUUGCACCAGAGGAGCUUCCAUUCGGUGUCUUAUAUGCAUUAGAAAUCAUCUUACAGUAUUCAUUCGUUCGUUCAUUCGUUCAUCCAUUCAUCACAUGAUGAUGUCAAGCAUUGUGGAGUCCCUCUUGUUUUUGUUUACACGAGUCGUCUGGCUGGCUCAGGUGACUCUGAAAAUUGUCUUGAAUAGUUUCUAUUAUUAAUUUAUGAGUCAGCGGAUGCAAACAUUUUAAUUUUGUCACUCUUCUCACUUAAUGAUGUUGCACAUUACAGAAGCGGGCCUCUUUGACUUGUAAUCACUACAACAUGUAUAAAAUGCUUGGAUCACUUUUCUAUCAGGCAGAUUGGCUUGGCUGUCACAUUAGCAGAUCAUGUUUUCCGACCAUAAAAUAUUUCACAAAAAGAGCUUACAACAAAAUGUGUAUCAUUAGGUUCUGUCUACCACUGAUGAACUUUUAAAUUUUGUGUUUGUCCCACAUUAAAAAAGAUAACGACUCAAUAUAUUAAGGAUUGGUGGUAGAACAAAAUGCAUUGGAAAAUGUCAUGUAAAUGUCUUUCUUGCCUGCAGAUUUUAAUGUUUAAGUUGAACUGAACUUUUCUAUUUUGUAUUUUGUUUUAACGAAAUCUUAACAAAGCAUUGCUUCCAAUCAGUUCACUGAGGUUUGAACUUGGGUAAAAAAAAAAAAAAGAAAGAAAAUGUUUGAUACUUGUUCAUGUCUAACAUGAAGUAAAAUCUGGAGAUGAAACAUGGA